AUUACUUCCGGCUUUUGAUCCUCUAUUUAAACCAACCCGUACAUUCUCCAAAGUUAAAACCACUACACUUCUUCCUCCACUAAACAACAAAAAUGUCUUCCAAAUUCCAAUUUAUCCUUCCAAUUUUCUUCAUCAUCCCCCUUCUGCUUCCAAACCUUGCUUUUUCCUCACCCGUUCCAGACCCUGAACGAGUCGUAGAGGAUGUCCACAAGAGUAUCAAUGCAUCAAGGAGAAAUUUGGCUUAUUUGUCCUCGUGUGGGACGGGGAACCCCAUUGACGACUGCUGGCGUUGCGACCCCAACUGGGAGAGUAACCGCCAGAGUCUGGCGGAUUGUGCUAUUGGGUUCGGGAAGAAUGCAAAUGGUGGAAGGAAUGGGAGAAUCUAUGUCGUUACGGAUGCCGGAGAUGAUGAUCCGGUGAACCCAAAGCCAGGGACUCUCCGGUAUGGGGUGAUCCAGGACGAACCGUUGUGGAUUAUUUUCAAGAGGGACAUGGUGGUCCAGCUGAAGCAGGAACUGGUGAUGAAUUCGCACAAGACAAUCGACGGUAGAGGCGCCAGCGUCCAUAUCGGAAACGGACCGUGCAUUACAGUUCACGACGUUACCAACAUCAUCAUCCAUAACAUCCACAUUCACGACUGCAAACCGUCCGGGAACGCCGACAUCCGCGACUCUCCGGAACACGCGGGGUGGUGGACAACGUCAGACGGUGAUGGGAUCUCUAUCUUUUCUAGCAAAGACAUAUGGGUUGACCAUUGCUCGCUGUCAAACUGCCACGACGGACUUAUCGACGCCAUCCAUGGGUCCACCGCCAUCACCAUCUCAAACAACUUCAUGACUCAUCAUGACAAGGUCAUGUUGUUGGGACACAAUGAUGCUUACACUCAGGACAAGAACAUGCAAGUCACCAUUGCGUUCAACCAUUUCGGAGAAGGGCUGGUGCAGAGGAUGCCGAGGUGCAGAUUCGGCUAUUUCCAUGUGGUGAACAAUGACUACACUCAUUGGGAGAUGUAUGCCAUCGGCGGGAGUGCUUCCCCUACCAUCAAUAGCCAAGGGAACAGAUUUCUGGCACCCGAUGAUCGGUCCAAGAAAGAGGUGACGAAGCAUGAGGAUGCACCGGAGGAUGAGUGGAGGAACUGGAACUGGAGGACGGAAGGGGACUUGAUGUUGAACGGAGCCUACUUCAGGGAAUCGGGGGCUGGGGCGUCAUCAUCAGUCUAUUCUAGAGCUUCUAGCUUAAGUGCAAGGCCGUCUUCUUUUGUGGACGCAAUUACUAGGACUGCCGGCACUCUCAACUGCCGAAAAGGGUCCAGCUGCUAGAUUCUGACUAAGGAAUUAAUUAGCAAACGAAUAUUAUCUAUAAUUAUCAAGAAAUAUGAAGCUUACCCUUAAGAUGUUGCAGUUUCGACCAAGGAAUUAAUUAGCAAAUCGAAU